CACUAUUGCGCUUCCCGCUGCCUAAGGAUCCAUUAUUCCAUCAACAUGACUGCCACAGUCAUUAUCCUGUUGGGUGUCAUCAUUGGUGUCUCCUGCCAAGAAUCUCAUUAUCAAUCGCCGAGCCAGGCGGCGAUUUUGAGUGAUGCGCGUUAUCUCGCGGGUGAUGGUACAUUCGGUGCCGCCUAUUCUCAAGAAGACGGAGUGGAAUUCAAGGAGGAGAGCGAUGUAGAGGGUAAUCGACGUGGAUCAUACUCGUACAUCGAUCCAAACGGUCAAAGGCGCACUGUGACUUACACGGCGGGAAAGAACGGUUUCCAAGCGACCGGGGAUCACAUUCCCAGCGCACCCCCGCAAGUGCCACCGCAGCCGGAAUACGUGCCGCUGCAGGCGCAGUAUAAUCCGCCGGAUUACCAACAAUACCAACCUCCGAGUUACGCACCGCCACCCCCUCAGCGGUCCUCACCCCAUCCGCGGCGCUAUCAAUCGGAUUAUGAACCGCAACUUGUCGUUUAUCAGCCGCAGUUUCAACCGCAGCCCGAACCGCAGCCUCAGCCGCAGUACCAGUACAGGCCGCAGCCGCCCGCGCCGCCUCGCUAUCAUUAUCCCCCGGAGUUACAAAGUAUACCCUCGUACGCGCCACCGAGACCGCGCUAUCAGCCUCAACUUCGCCCCGCGCCGCAGUACAAUGCGAUAACGACACCGGAAGCGGCGCCCCGGAAUUUCUAUCCGCCGGGAAAGCUCAGCUUCAAUCGGACUCCCGACGGCUUCUCCUAUACGUUCAGCAAAAGUUAAGUGGCACGCGAGUUUGCGAGAUGUAAAAAGCGGCGAAUCCGCGGUGAGAUUAACAAGCUCGUUUAUUUGAUAAACCGUGCAAUUUUAGAUCUUCAAAAAACAAGAUCCAUCAAUUAAUUGAAAAA